CACACACAUAUAUAUAUAUAUAUAUAUAUAUAUAUAUAUAUAUAUAUAUUCAGAGAUUAAUAGCUCACAUGGAUCUUGAAAGUUUUCUCCCACUGACCCAUCUCUUAUGUAAGGGAUUUACAUCUGAACGUUGUAUAAUUUAUCAUUUGUGCUCUCAUGGAGGCCUUGAAUACCUGAUCCAUUUAUUGAAAGUACAAAUCUAGUUGUUCCCCAAUACAUUUGAAAAAAAUCUGGAUCCCUUCACCAUAUGGUCUGAUGUCGCCAUGGACUCGAUCUCAGUUUUGAUUGAGUGAAUUUGUUUAAAUCGUGUUUUAUGAAUUUUAACAUGAGCAAAUGAGGCAUCUUUUUUAAUUGUUUGAACAUUCUAUAUUGAGUUGGUGAUGUGUUUAUAAGAUGAACUGGAUGAACUGACAUCUGGCUGCAUUGUUCUCUUCCCCAACAAUAAAACAGUUUAAAGCAAAGUUGCGCGGACGGUGAGGCAUUAUCGGCAAACUCACAGAGCCAUAAACAUAUGGAAAACAUUGACAGAAAGAGACUUUGGCUGGGUCCCGCUAAUUCCGCUCGCUGACAUAGAACGCGCGUGUCACGUGACUCGCGGGCUGCAUUUUCCGCUAGUGUUCUGUCGUAGCGUGUUCGGAAAGCCAGACUCACAUGCGCCUCCCUUUUAUCUUUUUUUAAUUUUUUUUUUCAAAGCAACUCAAGGAACCAAGGCCGACAGUCUGAGGGGGGUGGGCUCAAAGAUGAUAUCCUGCCUCCGUCCCUCUCGCCUGACGUCUUCAAGGUCCGCUCUCAGUGAGCGCGCGAGGAGCUGCGGACUGACUCCAAGUUGGUAAUAACGUAAGGUUCAAAUCCAAGUCAGCUGCGGAUGAAGACGACUGUCUGAUCUGUCUGACAACUUUUGCUGUGUCCUCCAGUCAAGCCUGAGAUUCAUUGGUUGAAGCUGCUACGGUUCCAGCUAACAGGAUGCGACUCCGAAGGAUGAAAUGGAUAAAUACCAAAGUAUUGCUGUUGGUGGUGAGCCUGGCACUCCUGGUCCUGCCCUUCUACCAAAUCUCUGUCCCGGCUCGGCUGGAUGUCAGCGACAGCAGCGCUUUGACGUUAGACGUUAAAAAAGCAGCAAAGCCGUCCAUGAGCGUGGAGUUCUGGCCACAGUGUAAACAGAAUGCGUCCAUGGCAAACAUCUCUGGCUUCAGUUCUCUUCCCGUGUACAUUAAAGACUUUUUGUACCACCGUCACUGUCGCCACUUCCCGCUGCUGCUAGACGUGCCGAACAAAUGUGGUGGAGCCGAUAAGUCGGGAGACGUCUUCCUGCUCCUGGUGAUAAAAAGUUCCCCUUGGAACCACGACCGCAGAGAGGUUCUGCGCAAGACGUGGGCGGCGGAGCGCGUCCACGGCGGUGUGUGGAUCCGACGGGUUUUCAUAUCUGGGACGGCGUCGGAAGGAUUCGAGAAACAGAGAGCCAACAAGCUGCUCCAGCUGGAGAACGAGAAGUACCAGGAUGUGCUUCAGUGGGACUUCAGCGACACGUUCUACAACCUCACCCUGAAGCAGGUGCUUUUCCUCGAGUGGAUGCAGAGCAACUGCCCCAGCGCUCGCUUUCUGCUGAACGGCGACGACGACGUGUUUGCUCACACCAGCAACAUGGUGGAAUAUCUGCGAGGCCUCAAGGACAAUGACGGAAGUAAGCACCUCUUCACGGGACACCUGAUCAGCAACGUGGGCCCCAUCAGAGCCACGCAAAACAAGUACUACAUCCCAGUUCAGGUUUACGAGUCCAACAGAUACCCGCCUUACUGCGGCGGCGGCGGCUUCCUCCUGUCGGGUCACACGGCUUCGGUGAUAUACAACAUGUCCCGGUCCAUCACCAUCCUCCCGAUAGACGACGUUUAUAUGGGCAUGUGUCUGGAGAAGGCAGGGCUCUUGCCGACGUCCCACAUGGGGGUCAAGACCGCGGGGCUGGAGAUCCCCUUUAAAUCAGUCGACGUCUUUGACCCCUGCUUCUAUAAAGAUGUCCUGCUGGUGCACCGCUUCCUCCCCUCCCAGCUGUUCCUGAUGUGGCAUCAAACUCAGAACCCCAGUUUGAAGUGUUUUACCUCAAACAUGAGACAGCAAACUAGCCUUAAACAGGGUUGAGCCUUGUCAAUGGAGAGAAAUGUGGAGCGCUGGGAGCCUCUUUUUGCACUUAAUAUUCUUUUUCUUCACAAGUUCGGCCUUCUAGAGUAGACAGGGCGGGCGCCAGGUCUGUUUUCCCACCAAAGUUUGGAUGAACAGUCCUUCCACUGAGUAGAGUUGGCACACAAGACGACCAGACGAGAGCUGGGUAUCCAUUCCAUCCUAUACUGGAUUCAAUCGGAUUUUGAGGUUUCAGACAGAAACACAAUUUUCCCCUAUUUCUGCAGCUCAUAGACGAAUCAAAAGCCUGCAACCCGUAACUUGCUACCGAUCGCUUCAUGCUUAAACAAUAAUCUAUAGGGUGAAUGGGUGAAUAACAUUUACUCUUAUAAUAGACUGGUUUCCACAAGCCUUGCUGCAACUUUUACUGUUUUUGGUUGCUUCACUGAGGAAAAGGGAACAUCUGAGGUCGUGUGUGAGGUGAUGUGUUUUCUGGUAACGGCCGGAUGUCCCACCCCGACUGCUCUGAGUCAGGAAGACACGUAUGCUAACAGCCGCUCAGGACCCGCCUGCUUCGAUGGCCUCACUCUGGGCUGGAAAGUUGUGGCUGUGCAGCUUAGGCAACACCCUUAUUACAAUUCUGCAGAAUCUAGAGAUUAUAUUCUCAACAUCUAUCUCCAAAUCCUUUUGCUGUUUUUGUGCUGUUUAGGGGAAAAAAACAGCUGCUGAACAUAUCAUAUUUAUUGCACUUUUUUAAAUCAUGUUGGUAUAUAAGAAUAAGGGUAUUUCUCAUGUGUAAUGUGCAAUCAUGACAGAAAAAAUGUACUUUUACUUCCACAAUUUGCCUCAUGUGUCCAUCCAUCACCACCUUUCCUGGGUGAAAAUGGGAUGCGUGAAUAUGCUUUGAUGAAACUGUUGGUAUGGGAUUCAGAAAUGUUUGUAUUUUGAAACAGUGUAAACAUGUUCAUUUGUCAGGUACAGUACAAUCUCAGGGCUUUCUGGUUCAUUUGAAAUGUUUGUCUUGGAAGAAAAUGAUCUUGUGUGUUGUUAACUUGCUGCCAAGUGACUCUGCUUCCUGUCAUGGAAAAUCUGUGACUGUAUUCUGGUCAGGCAUGUGCACAGACAGAUCCCUGGUGGAGCUCGAGCAGCAGCCCUUUUUCCCAGCUUCAGCAACAACGGUACUUUACAAAAGUAAAAUACUCCUUCAUCAAUCCCGCCCCAAAUGGUUUUGGUAGCUAAGUUCUGCUUGUUACCGCAGCUGAAAACAUUGUUGCCGCAGGUAAAGCUUUACUUAAAUGGAAAGCAGGGCUGCCAUUUUUAUUUGUUUUUGUUAAUUUAUUAUUUGGUUAUCAGCACGCUCACAAUGUUGCCUUGCUGUUGACUUUGAUGUCUUGAUGUGCAUUUUACUGUGUUGACUAAAGUAACUGUAAAAUGAAUUUAAAUGAGUAGAAUUAUAAUUUUUAAUUCAUAAUUUCCAGCAUUCAUGUUUCGAGCGUGAGCCCCACCAAAAUAUCUGUGCACACGCUCGACUCUGGUGAAAAGGUUUUGGAAUAAAUCAUCAGAACGAAAAAAAGAAACUUGAUUGAUUUAAUGUUUUGAAUAAAAUAGUCAC